GGCUACGCGAGACCAAGCAUGGAGGUCGUGUGCCCUCGCUGUCAGACAAGUACGUUCCAAAAACCGCAGAUGAAACUUCUAGUUAACGUCUGCGGUCAUAGACUCUGUGAUACUUGUGUUGAUGCGGUGUUUAUUCAUCCCACUGCUAACUGUCCCGAGUGUGGUCGUGCGCUUAGAAGGUCAAACUAUCGCAUGCAGCAGUUUGAGGAUCCUCGAGUUGACAAGGAAGUUGAUAUCAGAAAAUCGAUUUUGAAAGACUACAAUCGAAGAGAGUGUGACUUCAAGUCAUUGAAAGACUACAAUGACUAUCUGGAGGAAAUCGAAACAAUAGUCUACAACUUGAGCAAUGGCAUAGACAUUGAAGAGACUAAGUCCAGAGUGGAAACAUACAAGAAAAAGAACAAGCAAGAAAUCUUAAAAAUCAGAGCCAGAAUUAGUCGAGAAGACUCUGCUGUUGCUGCAUUAAUCGAAGCAGAAAAACAAGAGGAAAUUAACAGACAGCGGCGAGUGUUACUGGAAGACCUUGAGGAGAAGAAAAUGAAAGUAGAUUCACAUCAACGAAUGUUGGACGAACUAGUCAUGUCUGGUAAAUCAGCUCAUGAUGUCAUCAAGGCACAUAAGUUGAUAUCAACUGAGCAAUUGAGACCUGGUGGUUCUAGCACAGAGAGGAAAGCUGGCGUUCAGCUUAUGACAGGAGAGCAAUAUUUGGGGCUGAUGGAGUCAGAAAGUGUGGAGGAUUUUGUGUAUGAACCGAUUUUGAUUGAAUCAUGUGGUCCUUUGUUUCCGUCUUCAGACAGUUUGGAAUCAGUGGGGUAUUUGAGACACAUUCGCCGUCCCAACGACACUCAGCUAGCUGGUGGGUACUCACUGGAAAUAGCAUGCCAAAGAGCAUUACAAGAUGCUUUGUCUGGUUUGUUUUAUUCAAUGACAUAACAUAUUUAUAAUAAUUAAACCAAAUGAUAUUUUGAGAGGAUUAUAACUACAUAUAUACAUAUUCUGUAAUGAGCUGCAGCUGCUGAAACGAUUGAAGCAGAGUGAUGCAAGUUGUAUUCCAGUAUUGUUGUAUAGAUUGUCAUAGCUCUAGAUGUACAUGUAGUUUCUAUUCGAGGCACUGUAUCCGGGUUGUUGCUAGGGUAUAUAUGCAUCAAUGACGCAAAUGGGGUAAGACGA